UCGGGAAAGCGCUGUCAGUCUGAGCUGUAAAACAAAAUGGAUAAUGUUUGAGAGCGGUGCUUUCGGGUGAAGAAAAGUUGAAUUUUUUGUGCAAAAACAGUGUUAGUUUUACCAAAAAAGUGUUCCAAACUAAUCAUCCGUUUGUGGAAAUUGUUUUUGUGCUUGCAUUUCCUACUAAAUCGUGGAUUUUGAGAUUAGCUUCGAAGGAGAGUGAUGUCUUGGCCAAACAGUUGGCAAGUACAACCAGGUUAUGCAGGAUACGCAACAGCAGCUGCGCCACCAUCGGUGGCUCCGGCUGCUGCUGCUCCCGCUGCACUCCCCGGUGGUUACUCUGCCAUGUCUCCGGAGCAGUACGCCCAGUGGCAACAGUGGCAGCAGUACCAACAGCAAUACGCCCAAUGGCAUGCCCAGUACGGCGAGCAGUAUGCCCGCCAGAUGGGCAAACCGUUGCCGGCAGUGCCGGCGCCGAUGCCAUUGCAGCAUAUGGGAUUGGCCACCAAUGUUCCUCCACCGUCAAUAGUGCCAAUGACUCAACCUGUGCCGGCUCCUGUCCCGGCAAUGCCCCCGACCGUAAAUGCUGUGCCGAUGAUUCCGGCUGCUGUUGUGGCUCCCGUUCCUCCGGUGGCCAUCGCUCCGCCUAUGCCAUCGAACACAGCAGCACCACCACCACCGCCGGAACCUCAUCCCGAUAGCGUUGCUGGAGAAGCUCCGGCACCUCCACCACCUGCUCCGGAUGACGAAUCGGAACAGAGUCAGAAGACUGCCGAGGAGCUUGCAUUCGACGAACAAUUCCGCAAGUGGGAGGAAGAGUUUGACAACUGGAAGCGGAAGAAUGCCAACCACCCGGACAGAAACGCAUACCUCGAGUACGAGAAGAAGUUCAUCGAGUGUCGCAAGAAGUUGCUGGAAAGACGCGAACACUUGCGCAAUAAGCGACUGGAGGAAAUCGCGGCUGCCAAGGCGGCUGCGUCCGCUAGUGUCACGAGUGUUGCCUCGUCCGGAAGCUAUCAGUACGGUCAACCGCCGCCUCCGCCACCACCGGAGGAGGAAUCUGGUGGGGCGGAAGUGGGAUUGUUUAAAAAUGCCCUCAGUGGAGGCGCGGCCAGUGGCGGUGGAAUCCCCGGAUUGGAUUUCAUCAAUGAGGACGAUAAGCCGGCGAAUGAGAUCGACGAGGAAGUUAUGGAGGUCAUUAAUCUUGAAGAAGAAAAUGAAGACAAGACGAACAUGGGACAAUUGAAGCAGGAUAAUACGAAGCCACCGGCAAAUCCAGUAAACGCAUUAGCGUCGUUAUUGAAGGAUCCAAAAGUAAGCGCAUUGCUGAAUGUUAUUUCCGGUAACAACAAUGGCCAAGGUGUAGCUUUGACUAAUCCUGUUAAUCACGAAUUGCUUCAGCAAAUUCAAAACGCUGCAGGUGCAGUCAUCAAUGCAAACCAGAACGGCAGUUCCGGUAAAAUCACUCCCAUGCAAAACAUAGCACGUGCUCCGGAAGUUCAUACACCGCUUUCGGAGGAACGGAGUCGCACUUCCUUCCAUGACGACCGCCGCUCGGUAGUCUCAAUGGAUGACCGCAGUCAUGAUUUCGAUGACUUCCAUCGCAACCAACCGCCACCGCCACGUGAUUUCACUCAAGGACCUCCUCCGAAUCGUUUCGGUGGUGGAUCUUUUGGCGGCGGCUUUGACGCUAGUGUUCCUCCUCCGCUGCUGGGCAUUGACCUAAGUCGGCCUCCACCGCCAAUUGGAUCGCACCCAGUGCCACGACCUUACAGAUCGGAUCAGCCAUCGCCGGCACCGAGUAGCUGCUCAUCAACUUCUCGUCAGCGUCAGCCUCGAUGGGCUGGAGCAAACCGUGACAUUAAACAAGAACCCGGCCCGGAACGUGAGCACGAACCGUUCCGAAAUGAUUUCAGCCAACGUCCUCCGGUUAAAGAGGAACCAUUCAACGGUUCCAACUGUCCUCCUCCUGGCGAAGACGAAGACGACGACAACUGGAAGUACUAUGACGGACACCAGGAUGAGCUGCAAAUCGAUCCGGAACUCGGAACGCCCUGUGCGGUUCCGAAACCGGAAUGGAUGACGGAGGACGAGUAUGAGGAAAUUUACGACCGCUACGAAAACGUAGAAGUGUUCGAAGAACGGAAGACCAAAAUGAUACUUGCCAUUGAGCUACUCAAGCAGAAAAAGGACCGUGAAAAGGAACAGACAAUGCUCGAAAUGCCCAAGAAUCGCCCGUUCCAGCAGGGUGGCAAUAAUGGUGGGGAAAGUCGCUGGCAAGGAGGAAUGCCCAAACCCGUCAAAGAGGAACCCGGACAGAAGAGGGCUAACCCAUUUGCUGGCGAUGAUGACUUCUUCAGACCGAAGCAGGUGAUUGACUAUUCCAACGGAAGACCAACGGUGUUCGACUAUGGCCACAGUAGCAGUGGUCCGGUGUCAAAAGACGUUGACGAGAGGACUCAGGAUUGGCGAAGUAAUGUUGGUGGUGGUGGCGGUGGAGGUAAUCCGGACAUCAGCAGAAAAGACGAAGAUCUACGUUUCGGUCAGCGGAACAACGAUUGGCGGAAUAUGGACAGGCGAGGCGAUCGAGACGAACGGCAACCACCGCCAUUCCAUCGCGGUGGACCUCGAGGAGGACGUGGAGGAGGAGGAGGCGGCGGCGGCGGCGGAGGCCGAGGACGUUUCUCAAACGAUGACUUCCAGCAGCCACCACCGAAAACAUUCGAUUACAACCAUGCGCCGCCGUCGCUGGGGCCUGGAUCUAGGCAUGAAGUUCCUCCGUUUAUGUUUGAUCGCCCGCCAAAUUAUACGGACAAUUCGACUAACCGCCUAGCUGCUAUGCAUGACAAUCCUCAUCCGGACGAGAGCAAUCCGAACUACCCGAGCAAGUUCAUCUUGAUGAACGAUGAUCGUCCGAAUCGUCCGAGCACAAAACGAGGCAAACGGGCCUCCUCCAUACGGAAGCAGAAGCUGCGAGAACAGCAUGGGCAGGAACACGAUUCCUUUGAGGAUAUGAACCAUGGAGAUAUCGACGAAAGACAACUGAUUCCGCCGGCAUUCAUGGCCAACAGUGCCCCGGUUGUGGAACGGCCAAGUGAUUACGAACUGGACAUGAAGCGGGGCUCGGAGGAGAGUGAAGAUCAAAACUCACCGUUUUAUCUGCCUGCGACUCCGAUAGUUUGCAUCGAAGAUCUGCUACUGCCGCCGGGAAGGUUCAAGAGGCCCCCGAGGAUUUGCUUCAUUAUGAGAGGUGUUCCCGGCAGUGGCAAAUCAUACCUAGCCCGGCUGAUUAAGGACUGCGAAGUGAAGCACGGUGGACAGGCUCCCCGCGUGUUGAGUAUCGACGAUUACUUCCUGGUUGAGAAAGAGGAACGGGAACCGGAUCCGGUGACGGGACGCCCCGUCCUGGUCACUAAGUCCGAAUACGAGUUUGACGCCGAUAUGGAGGAGGAGUACAUGAAAAAUCUGAUCAAGGCUUUCAAGCGGACCAUCACCGAGCGGCUGUACAACUUCGUCAUAGUCGAUUGCGUGAACGAACGGUUGGAACAUUACAAUGAGUUCCACAACUUCGGACGUAGCAAUGGAUUUAAGGUCUACACUUGCACGUUACAAACCGAAAUGGAGAUGUGCAUCGAGCAGAACAUCCACAAACGCACGGUGGAUGACAUCCGGGCCUAUGCCAACCGGUGGGCCCUGUGUCCAAACGAGCACGUGCAGAUCAAUGCGAGCAUGUUGUUCGACCCGGUGGAAACCGAAGAGCCCCAGCCGACGGAUAUGGACCUGUGCACGGAAGAGGACGACUUCGCCACGCCAGGAGACGGUGACCAACCUGCGGGGGAUGAGGAAGACAACUUUCAACCUCAGGAUGAGGACGUAGACGAUGAGGAUUCCAAUUUAGAAGGGCCAGAGCUCGGAUUUUUCACCAGUAAAUGGGACGCCGACGCGAGCGAGCAGAACCUAGCCCGCUUGGAUGGUAUCAGCAAACCGCCACGCCGUCCGCCGACGAUAGAGGACUUCCUGCAGCUGGAGGACGAUGACCUGGACGCAGCCAGGCCGGGCGGAUCUACAUCCGGAAAGAAGCGCGUACGCUGGGCCGACAUCGAGGAACGCAAGGCCCAGAGCAAGAUGCGCCAGAUGGGCUUCGUGGUCGGCGUUACCGACUGGUCCCGCAUGAUGGAUCCGACCGGUGGAAGCCGGGCCCUCACCAAGACCAAGUACAUCGAACGGGUCCGUCGGCAGUACUAGUCGAGGACGACGCUGCAACGCAGGUACGCGCUUUGAUUCGGAAGCAAUCGCGCAAUGAGUGGCUUCGCUAGGUGAGUAGAGUCAGCAAAGAAAAGUCAUGAAAAGAAGAUACUAUUUUUCGUUAUCGGGCAGAUAAGAAUCGAUCGGUCGAAGUUUAAUGAAUAUUUGUCCACUAGUGAACCAUGCCUCACAGAAGCAUAUGUUUCACAUGAACGCAUAUGAAACUUUAUCAAGUUUCUGAAAAAGUGAUCUAUAAAGAUAACGUUUUCCGCACAAUGCGAAUUCCUAGGAAAAUAUGCAAAAACUUUCGCCAAGACGUAAUAUUUAUUUAUGGUAAAACCAUUUUUUUCACAACAUAAAAUCCUUGGAAUUCGUAGACCUCAUCGUCCUGUUUUGUCCGAUAGUUUAAAAUAAUGUCCAAAUGCAUCACUUCUGGGUUUUCUUUAUUGGGGAAUAGAACGACAGUGGAACUAUACUUAGGUAACAUAACAGAAAACUAUUCCUUUGCGAGUAAGACUAGAGAGAAUAACAUUCAAAACUUAGAACAAACUUUUUGAGUAUGAAAUUGCCGAUUUUAGGUUAGGGCUAACGUGCAUUCAUCCCCUCCCGAACUAAUUGUAUCAUAUAAAAAGAAAACUAAAAUACCAACAGCAUACCUAGAAUAUCAUUAUUAAAAAAAAACAUUAAUUAACGUGAAGAAAUUAAACUACUCGGUAAGAGAACAGCAAAAAAGAAAAAAAAACAGAGGUCAACAAUCCAAGAUCUGUUAUGACACAUACUCCAAGCGUAUUAAAAAUCCUGAUGGUGAUGACGACACAACAGGGAAAGACAAUUAAUGUUUUCUUAAGUAGGUAAUUGCCGCAUGUAGGAAAAUGGAACAUUUUAUAAUAACUAUUAUAAUACUAGUACUAUGCAA